AUGAGUCAAGCAGGAGCCGCCCAAAGACCACUCAAGGAAUUCAACAAGUUAAAGACCAAACCAGUCGAUGGUUGUACAGUUGAUCUUGUUGGUGAUGAUAUUAAACAUUGGAAAAUUAUUAUUGGUGGACCAUCCGGUACUCCUUAUGAAGGUGGUAAAUUUGAAUUUGAUUGUGUUCUCCCAGAAAACUAUCCAUUCAAUCCUCCAAAAUUCACAGCAAAGACAAGAGUUUACCAUCCAAACUUUGAUGCUGAAGGUGGUAUUUGUUUAGAAGUUUUGAAGGCUGAUGGUUGGAAACCAACAUUGAACUUGGAAGCUGUUAUUAUUGCUAUUCAAGAACUUAUGAAGAAUCCAAAUACUGCUUCACCACUCGAUGCCGAUGCUGCUGAAGCCUAUGUUAAUGAUAGAUCUAAAUUCGAUAAGACUGCUCGUGAAUACACAAAGAAACAUGCCAAGUAAAUAAUAAUAAUUUAACUUUUUU